UAAAGUACUUCUGUUUUCUAAAGUUUCAUAAUAUUAUACAGACGAAUAAAAAUGUUGAAGAAUGUACUACAGUGACUGAUUUUGACGAGAUGCGAGGGCGUUUGAAUAACGCGUGUUUGCGCAUUGCUUCUCAUUUGUGGUAUUAGUAUUAGGCCUAUUUCAAUAACAAUGAUAUGUACUUUGUUGUUUAGACUUAUAAGAGUCGGGUGGUAGUAGGAUCUGGAAUAAACUAGACGAGCUAAGGCAGCCUAAAUACCUCAUUGUUAUCCUUGAAAGGUCUUUAGCAAGUAGGAAUACGGCUGAAUAAUGGCAUCAUCCUCAAGUAAUAUACAGCAGCAAGAGACGGGACAUUCUUCAGUUGUAGCUCAACAUUACAACCAGCUAGAAGAGAAAGGUCGGGCUGCCCGAGCUGAAAGUCGUAUUUUCUACCUUAGAAAUUUCAAUAAUUGGAUAAAAAGCAUGUUGAUUGGUGAAUUUCUACAGAGAGUGAAGGAAGACAAAGGAAGAGAGGCAGAAAUUAAUGUUUUAGAUAUUGGAGCUGGGAAAGGAGGAGAUUUGCUCAAGUGGAAAAAAGGAGACAUUAACCAUUUAACUUGUGCAGAUAUUGCAGGCACUUCGAUGGAACAGUGUCAGCAGAGAUACAGAGAUAUGAUGAAUAGAAACAGGAGACAGAGGGACCGAGGAAGGUGUUUUACAGCUGAAUUUAUAACAGCUGACUGCACAAAGGUCAACCUGAAGGAGAAGUACAACGAUCCCAGUAUCCAGUUCGACAUAAGUAGCAUCCAGUUCAGUUUUCACUAUUGUUUUGAGAGCCUUGCUCAAGCAGAAUGUAUGAUUCAGAAUGCGGCAGAGUGCUUGCGACCUGGAGGGUAUCUUAUCGGCACAACUCCCGAUGCAAACGAUAUAGUGAGACGUGUCAAUGAGGCUGAAGGGUUGAGCUUUGGAAACGAUAUCUUCUCUGUUACGUGUGAGUCGAAAGACAGCUUCCCUAUCUUUGGAGCAAAAUAUGACUUUCAUUUGGAAGGUGUGGUCGACUGCCCAGAGUUUCUGGUUUAUUUUCCUGCUGUAGAAAAAAUUGCAGAAGAAAAUGGUUUGAAAUUGGUGUAUAAGAAACGAUUUGAAGAAUUUUUUUAUGAAUAUAAAACAACUGAAAAUGGCAAGACUCUUCUCUCUAAAAUGCAUGCUUUAGAGGUAAGUAGUUUUUGUGUGAAUUAGUUUUGUCAAGUGUGG